AUGUCAUUAUGCCGUACCCCACCCCGGAGAACGGAAAAUCCGGAAGAUGUCAAGCUAUUGACCAUGAAACGAGGCCAGAUAAAGGCGAAGGUGACGCGGAUCUCCAAUACCCUGUACACCGCUGAAGACGAACAUAGGAGACUGCCGCUUCCCCUUCUCCGAGUUUAUUCGAAAAAUUUGCAAGUCAUCUAUACCGAAUACAAUGACGUCCAUAACACCAUCACCGCCUCCGUAGAAGAAGAAAACGUACAAGUCCAGGAGGAGAAAUAUAUCGAAUUUGAAGAUCUCUACAACGAAACCUUGGUCAAGGUAGAAUCGAUGAUAGGAGAUUUGGAGAAAGAGAACAGAGCCGUAUUAUCAAACCCUGUGCCAUCAACGUCAUCUGCAGCAAAUCAACCAUCAAGUCAACCAGUUAUUGUCAACACCCAUUCCUACCGUACACCCCUACCGACGUUUGAUGGACGUUAUGAAGCAUGGCCACGCUUCAAGGCAAUGUUCCAGGACAUGAUGCAGCGAUCCAACGAUUCCGAUGCGAUAAAGUUGUAUCAUUUGGAGAACUCGUUGAAGGGUGAUGCUGAAGGUGUCAUCGACAUAGAAACUCUACAAAGCAACGACUACGCAAGAGCAUGGGAGAUCCUUGAAGAACGGUUUGGUAACCAGCGGUUGAUCAUCGAGUCUCACAUCCUUGGCCUCUUGAAUAUGCAGAAGAUUUCCAAAAAAUCGUCGAAGGAUUUGCGCAGUCUGGUGGAUGAAUGUUCCCGUCACGUCGACAAUUUAAUCAAGCUGGAUCAACGGCUCUCCGGAAUGUCCCAGAUGUUCGUUGUGACCUUAUUGACGCGUGUGUUGGACGACCAGACCCGUGAACUUUGGGAAGCUUCCAUUAACCAGUCCGAGCUUCCAGAGUAUGAACAAAUGAUUCACUUCCUGAAGCAACGAUGCGUGAUUUUGGAGCGGUGCGAAAAUUCAACUCCUACUUCAACCCGUAAGUUGCCGGAUUCGAAGAAACCUUCAUUCAAAGCUGACUUCUACAAGUCAUCGUACGCUGCAACAGUGUUUUCAGAAUAUACGUGCGACCUUUGUUCCGGCCAACAUCCAAACUUCAGAUGUCCAAUCUUUCAGAAGAUGACUGUUAAGCAGCGGUACGACAAGCUGAAAACGUCUAAUUUGUGUUUUAACUGCCUACGAAAGGGCCAUCACAGUGCAGCAUGUCGUAGCGAUAAGUUUUGUAGAAAAUGUUCCAAACGGCAUCACACUCUCAUUCAUUUUGAGCGGCGGAAAAAAUCUGAGGAUAGACCAAGUAAAACUUCCAAAGUAACUGAAGAGUAUCCAGUACCAGCGGUAACGAAGCGGCCAGUAGAUGCGUCCCUUUCCAGCAUGCCUUGCUUGCCGAACAAGCAGGUUUUCCUGAUGACAGCAAUCGUCACUCUCCACUCCGAAGACGGUCAAGCUCACCAGGUUCGAGCGUUAUUGGAUUCCGGAUCGCAGGUCAAUCUUUUGUCGCAGUCUGUAGUGAAGAAACUAAACCUACCUAAAUGUUCAGCCAAUGUUCCUGUAGUCGGCGUAGCAGGUUUUAGAUCCCAUAUACGUCAUGAAGUGGCAGUGAGAUUAGCAUCCAACUAUAACGAUUUUACUGCUAACAUCGAUUGCCUCGUCACACCUAAGAUAACUGGUACUAUUCCGUCCAUGAAUGUCAACGUGGAUUCCUGGCGUAUUCCCACCGGCCUCGAGUUAGCCGAUGAAACAUUCAACCGUUCACGAGAAUUGGAAAUGCUGAUUGGAGCCGAACACUUUUUCAACAUUUUAAAGCAAGGCCAAAUCAAGCUGGCUGAUCAUUUGCCCACCUUUUACGAAACGCAGUUUGGAUGGGCCGUUGCUGGUUCCUACGAAGCAAUCGCAGAAGACUGUUCAGUACAUUCCGACUUGGAAGAAUCCAAAGCCGAUUCAACAACAUCUCGGAUGUCCAGCCAUGCCCAAGCAGUUCCAGAGCUCAAACGAUUUCCUUCCGAUUGUGACCGCCCUUGA